UGACCGGAGGGCAGCCCGUUGCUCCGGAGACGAGAAUGGGGCGGGACAAGGAGGAGCCAACGCCCCCGGCGCCCAAAAGGCGGAGGAAACGAAGAUUGUCCCUCGGCGACUGCCGUGGCGUGGCCCGGCAAUUGCCAUGGAGACGGGCUAGGCCAAUGGAAUGGGCUGUGCCUGCUGAGUAGGGCGCUCUGGCCCCGGCGUGUGAUCUUGGGGCGGGUAAUUGGGGGAGUGCGGGCGGGGCAACUCCAAGGUUGAGAGACCAGGCCGAGGUUUCUCCGAAGGCUAGGCACGGCGAAUUCUUCCCUGAGGCUAGGGGCCAUCACUAGGGAAACCAGAGCACCUGGCCUCCAAGGACUGUGGCUCCCAGGUCGUGCGUGACCCGUCUUCUCUCUCCCCGAGAUCCCCGUCCGAGUCUUUGGGAGCGGUUGCUUCCUGAACGAAUCUGCCCUCGAGCCAGCGGGAGUGAGUUUUCCAUGGACACAGCCUAGCAGAAAGAUGCAGCCUUUAUGUCUCACUGGCCACUGACCCACCGGCCUGAUGACAGCACCUCCGAGUACAUUCCCAGUUCAGUUCCAACAGCCCUCAGUCAGCGGCCUCUCACAGAUCACCAGCAGCCUGUACAUCAGCAACGGGGCGGCUGCCAACAACAAACUUAUGCUCUCCAGCAACCACAUCACCUCCAUCAUCAAUGUCUCAGUGGAGGUGGUGAAUACCUUAUAUGAGGACAUCCAGUAUGUACAGGUGCCUGUGGCUGACACACCCAUGUCGCGUCUCUGUGACUUCUUUGACCCCAUUGCUGACCACAUCCACAGUGUCGAGAUGAAGCAGGGCCGCACGCUGCUCCACUGUGUGGCUGGUGUGAGCCGCUCAGCUGCCCUCUGCCUCGCCUACCUCAUGAAAUACCAUGCCAUGUCCUUGCUGGAUGCCCACACGUGGACCAAAUCUUGUCGGCCCAUCAUCCGGCCCAACAAUGGCUUUUGGGAGCAGCUCAUCCACUAUGAGUUCCAGCUAUUUGGCAAGAACACCGUGCACAUGGUCAACUCCUCUAUGGGAUUGAUCCCUGAUGUCUAUGAGAAGGAGGCCCAUUUAAUGGUUCCGCUGUGAGCCACGACACCAGCUCCUGCACCAGGGUCAGAGGUGCAGAUCUGCCGCUGAUCCUACACUAACAUCUGAACUUAAACAUUCUCCUUUUGUGAUACAGAAACAACCAGAUGAUGCCUUUUAUCAGAGCAAUAAAAAAAAGGAAGCGUGCUGUAGCUUUUACUCUUGUAAUCUGUAUCUUUAAAGAUUAA